AUGACGACUUGCACCUACAUUGCCGCACGCAUUGAAAGGAGAUUUGAGGAUUUCCGAAUUAUUAAGAUGAAGAGUGUUUUGUUGAUAGCAUUGCUAGCAGUUACCUAUGUGUAUGCAACUGUAGAUCUUCCUGAAGCUGAAUUUAGAAGACCAGAAGUAAAUGCGUCAAAUCUACGCUUGAUCUUAGGAUCAAAGAGUGGCAGUGAUGAGAGGCUUUUGUCCAGGACAUAUCACUAUGUUGAGGGAUCACAUAGGAUCGCUCACAGACAAGAAAUACUUAUACGCUUGGUCGACUACGCCAGAAUCACAAGAGUUGAGGGCUGGCCCGGUAAUCCGGAUCUAGAACUUACCGUCUUAGAAGGAGGUUUUGGACAAAAUUUCGUCAAACUAGGUUAUGUUACUGAAGAAAAUACGUUUUUCUCUUACACACUUGAUGUAUACGGUGUGCUGAUGAAGAGUGUUUUGUUGAUAGCAUUGCUAGCAGUUACCUAUGUGUAUGCAACUGUAGAUCUUCCUGAAGCUGAGUUUAGAAGACCAGAAGUAAAUGCGUCAAAUCUACGCUUGAUCUUAGGAUCAAAGAGUGUCGGUGAUGACAGACUUUUGUCCAAGACAUAUCACUAUGUUGAGAGAUCACAUAGGAUCGCUCACAGACAAGAAAUACUUAUACGCUUGGUGGACUACGCCAGAAUUACAAGAGUUGAGGGCUGGCCCGGUAAUCCGGAUCUAGGACUGACCGUCUUAGAAGGAGGUUUUGGACAAAAUUUCGUCAAACUAGGUUAUGUUACUGAAGAAAAUAUGGAUUUCUCUUACACAAUUGAUGUAUACGGUGUGCUAGUAUGCGAUGAUUAAAUAAAAUAAGUAUAUCUAAUAAACAAAAUCUUUUUACAAUAUUUUUUGUAUUACUUUGAUCA